AUGAGUAAUACAUUAUAAUCAUAUGAAAAUACCUGUCAUCAAUAUGAGCAGGAUCAGAUAUAGUUUAAGAGAAGGAAGGACAUGAACCUUAAAGAUGAGUAUUCCAUUAAAGAAAAGUAAAGGGGAGUCUUUGAUUUUGAUGAAACAAGCCAAAAAGAAAAUUAAACGUAUAAAGCAUUCAGUUUUAGAUAGAUAAAUGUCUUAGAUGAAAAAACAAUAGACGAAAAUUUGAAUCUAAUUAAUAGUUAUGAUCAUAAUGUAAGAGUGCUGGAUCUUUCAAAUUCCAAAAUGACUUCUUUACAUGAAGGAAUAUAACAAUACAUUCGUUUAUCGAUUAUCAAUUUAGCCAAUAAUCUAUUUCAGGAAGUUCCAAAUUGUAUAUUUGAAUUAUCUCUAUCACACAUCAAUCUCAAUAAUAACCUAUUAAAGAGUCUCAAAUUGGGGGAGAAGUGGAAAACUUCAUUAGAGAGAUUGGAUGUUGGCAAAAAUCAUAUACGUAUUUUACCAGAUGAAUUAUUUCAAAUGGAACAACUUAAAAUUGUUGAUUUAAGAAGCAAUGAUUUCACAAAGAUACCUAAAGCAAUAUUGAAUUUAGAGAAGUAACUCAAAGGACUUGGUUUAGAUUGGAUUAAGUACACUAAUCAAAUCUAUUAUUCAUCCAAGAAAGACAUGAUGAUAGCAGAUGAUCUCUAAAGAUUUUGGGAUUAAAUAAAUCAACUCCUCAAAGAUAAUGAAUUUAUCAUUUGCCACGAUUACUUGAUAUACAAUCAAAAAUAUCAUGAUGAUCAAAUUCAAGAUUCAAUCACUGUUCAAAUCCCAAAAUAAUCCAACAUUACUAGAGCAACUUAAAGAAAUACUGAAUUAACUCUCUAAGAAUUGUCAAGCAGUUGCCAAUUCAUCUAGACCAAAACCCUAGGUUAGGAUGCUGAUGUCUCUGACAAUGGGUCGAAUCUAAUGCAUAUUGCAGUUGAGAAUGAAGACAUAGGGGUUGUGAGAGCCCUUCUCAAUAUAAGAUUCGAACUAUCCUCUUAAUUGGAUGAUGCUUCUCACACUCCCCUUUCAUUAGCGAUCAAAGAAGAAAAAUACCAUUGUGCCAAAAUAAUAAUAAAUGCAUCUACAAAUCUAAAUAUAGGAGGAGGAGAAUACAACAGUGUUCUUAACUAAGCUGUGAGUAAAAUGUAAUACUACUUAAUCAGAGACAUUUUAAAUGCCAAAGUUUAAAUUAACAAGUAAGAUAAAAAAGGUAAUGGUCCUAUGCAUAAUUUGAUUCCAUCUUUUAAAAAGAAUCUAUAAGAAGCCACAAAAAUUGGGCACUUGUUGAUCGAAAGAGGUGUUGACUCUAAUCAAAGGAAUAUCAAUAAUAACACGCCUUUGCAUUUGGCUAUCAAAAAGUCAUCCUAUUCUGCAUUGCGUUUUGCAAUAUCAAUAAAUGAAUAAUACUAACGAGAUGUUUUUUCAUUCAAAUUGCUGGGUCACAAAGGCAAUUCAGUGAUGCAUUUUGCUGCCAAGAGUGAAAAUAUUAAAAUAAUUUUAUAGCUUUACUCUAUCAAUCCUUACUUGCUGUUUACAUAUAAUGAAGAACAAAAAAGACCGUUUGAUAUUAUCCAAAAGAAUUAUACCUUAAGCAAACUAAUUUCAGUUUUAGAACUCAUCUUUAUAAGGAAUCAUAUUUUUAAAUAACAUAAAGACCCAUAUAGCUCAUCUAUUGUCUAGCCUAUCAAGAAGGAAGAAAAAGAUAAGAUGAAAUAAAAGGAAUAAACUAUUGAGAUUUCGAAGAAAAACAGUUUUGAUUUAAUUGAAUCCGAUGAAGAAGGCACAAACAGAAUUGGACUCAAGAAUUUUCAAAUAUUACCGAAUUUAAAGAGACAGUAGUCGUAGCCUCCGAAACGACCGAGUAUUAAGAAGGAGAACAAGGUGUCCUGUGAAAAUGUUGGACCGAUAUUUAUUCAUAAAUCAAUUUAAUAGGAUAGAAAUGAUAUCAAGCAAAUAGAAUUAUAGAAUUAGCAAAAUAAUAGCAAAUAUAAUAAAAAUAAAUUUAUAAAUAAGUAGAUCCAUUAAUUAUUAAAGGAUAUAGAAAAUAUUCAAAGUUAAAUGUAGACAUAGUAAGAUUAAUACUCUUAAAUUGCUUUGGAAAAAAUAUUUAAUGCUUUAAUUCAAUAAUUAAAUUAUUUCAAGGAGGAUCCUCUCACAAGUUUAAUGAUUCAAAAUGCAACUUAAUUAUAGAAACUUUAGUUUGAAUCUAGGCAAACAGCAAACCUUUCUUAUGAUACUUCCCCGUUAUUCUUAGAAUAUGAAUAAUUUAUGAAGCUAUGA